AUGAGGUGUAAGAAACACUUACCGGACCUCACAAGCACCAUCGGCGUGUGCGCUUCAUGCCUCCGCGAACGCCUCCAGCCUCUCCUUGCAGCCCAGGCCCAAUCAGAACGUUCCACCAAUUCCGACGUGGAUAAUAAUAAUCAUCGUCGAAGAAAGCCCAAGCUCAAGCCCGAAGAAAACCCUCUGCCGCUCAAUUUCCCGCGCUCCGUGUCUCCCUACGUGACUCACCGGAAAUCCGACUGCGAACGCCGCCGGGAAAGGCUAUUCUACGGCACGCCGCAGAUGAACGCUGCCGCGUGCGACGGCGGAGCAGCGUCGGAGAACCGGAGACACGGUGGAAGGUUCUGGAUCCUCUCGAAUUUAUUCCGAGCCAGAUCGAACAAGACCGAAUCCUCGCCCUCUCAUCCUCCGCCGUCAUGGUUCUCGACAAUCCUUCACGCGCGCCGGCACAAUAAGUGUCGGCACGCGGAUCGAGGAUUGUCGCCGUUGACAGAGGUGGAGAAUUUCACCGAAUUCUCUGCUGACACAGCGCAAGACCGAUCGGACUCGGGAAUUUCGUCGGAGGAUUCGCCGGCGAAGCAGAAUCCGACGCCGGAGACGGCACACCGGCGAUCGCGGAUGGGACCCGCCGGAAAAGGACUCGCGAGUAUGGCGUUUUGUCUGAGUCCUUUGGUUCGGGCAGGUCCGAACCGGCAUUGGAGCUAUCAUAAUAAAGGGUUGGCGCCGGAACUGGGCGUGAGUGGGGCCCACCACAUAUCCAAUGCGGCGUCGUUUUGCGCGAAUCGGUCGCGGAAGCUUGCGGAUUUCGGGAGGGGCACGCACAACCGUUGA